GUGAUACCAAUGUAUGCAGCCUGAGGUGUUGUGUCCUAUUACGGAGCCUGAAUAUAGAAAUCCCAUAUCCCAGGAUGCAGUGGUGCAGUUGGGCUGGCAGUUGGAGAUCCCGCCUACAAAGACAGCCUGCAGGGCCGGAGAUUGAGGACUCUUUCGAUUUUCUUUUCAAAAUCAUCCUGGUUGGGGACUCGAAUGUGGGGAAAACCUGUGUGGUCCAGAGCUUCAAAUCUGGCAUAUUCACCGAGAAGCAGCAAAACACCAUCGGUGUGGAUUUUACUGUUCGUACCCUGGACAUUGAUGGCAAGAAGGUGAAGAUGCAGGUGUGGGACACAGCUGGACAGGAGCGAUUUCGCACCAUAACUCAAAGCUACUACCGCAGUGCCCACGGGGCCAUGGUGACCUAUGACAUCACACGCCGCAGCACAUUUGAAUCCGUUCCCCACUGGAUCACAGAGGUGGAGCAGUUUGGAGCUUCCAGCGUGUUGCUGAUUCUUAUUGGUAAUAAGUCCGACCUUCAGGCUCAUAGGCAGGUGUUGUUCGAGGACGCGUGCACUCUGGCAGAAAACAACGGGGUGCUGGCAGCUCUGGAGACCUCGGCCAAGGAGGCCCAGAACGUAGAGGCGGCCUUCAUCCUCAUGGCCCGGGAGCUGCUGGCACGCAACGGUAUGACCAUCAUGGAUGAGAUUCCCCAAGACUCGCCCCAAUUCAUGUUGAGUAACCCGGUCCAUGGCACCGUGUCUUCAGAUAAAAAGUGCGAGUGCUGAGCGGACUGAAGCCGGAGCAUGUUGUUAAAGACU